UUGGAGUUGACAGAUGACGGAUUCAUUGUCUGUUGGAAGUGUACUGCGAUCUUACUGUCUUGAGAAAAAGGAGGCAAUGAGCUCAAGCGGUCCGAGGGCAGUCUUUCAAAGACUUGGACGUUAGAGAUGAGUGGAAUUAAUCGCUACAAGUAUCAUCCAGUACAGGUCAGGACUAAAGCGUUCUUUUCGGGGGCUCUUUCGCAUCAACUAAUAUUCGGAGUUCUGCUUCUCAAUGAAAUCUCUCUUAUGGCUUCUUCUAGUCACAUGCACGCGCUGAGGUCAAACCAUGUAAUACCAGUAGAUUCGAUCUCUAUUAUACCAGUCUGCACUUUGACUAGACAGCUGAAUUUCUACUCAAAACAUCCGAUGUGGCUGAUGUGGCUGUAUGGAUAUCAUAUGGAUAUGGUAGCUGCUUUCACCUCACCUUUUCCUUUCAUCAUCACUUUUUACUCUCACUUCCCACCUCUCUUUCCCUCUCAUAUCUGAUUAAUUAUCAAGUCAAAGAGCGAGCCACUUGAUCAGCACCCUUAGCCUCGAAUCAAUCAUUCCAACCGCGGACCGAACCUAGUUACAAUGCUUUAAGUUUUCCCGGUGAAUAUCACAAGUCUAUAAAGAAAUGGAAUUCGGUUCAGUUUUUUACACCUCACUCAAGCUUACAACCA